AUGGACACCUUAGAGACGCGUUCACGCGAUGUACAGCAGCGGACGUUCUGCAAAUGGCUCAACACUAAACUUGAAGCCAAUGGGUACCCACCAAUGACUUCCCUGGUCAAAGAUCUGUCGGACGGUGUACGACUCAUACAGUUGAUGCCAAGACGCGCACUGACUCAAAUAGGGGAUGUUUCUCUCGGGCGGUACAACAGGAACCCGCGGAUGCGUGUACAGAAAGCUGAGAAUGUGAACAAAGCCUUGGAAUUCAUUACUUCGAGAGGCGUCAAGUUGACAAACAUUGAUAUUAUCGAUGGCAACCUGAAGUUGAUAUUAGGCAUGAUAUGGACCUUGAUUCUUCGAUUUACUAUCGCCGACAUUAGCGAGGAGGGACUGUCCGCGAAAGAAGGACUAUUGCUGUGGUGUCAGCGGAAGACUGAACCGUACAAGGAAGUUGAUGUACAAGAUUUCUCCCUAAGUUGGUCGGACGGUCUUGCCUUAUGCGCCCUCAUCCAUCGCCACCGGCCAGAUCUCCUUGACUACGACAAGCUAGACAAGUCAGAUAGGUAUGCGAAUACUCGGUUAGCAUUCCAGGUCGCCGCCGAACAUUUAGGCAUUCCGCAACUUCUCGAAGUGGAGGACCUAUGUGAUUCCAGUCAUCCCGACGAACGUAGCGUCAUGACUUACAUCGCAUCCUUCUUCCAUGCAUUCUCAACGAUAGACCAAGCCGAAACCGUCUCGCGACGAGUGGAGAAAUUUGCUGAAUUGAUGCAAUCCGUUUGGGUGUCUCGUAAUGACUAUGAACGCCGGGCAUCAGAAUUUCUUCAUGCUUUAGAAGACAUCCAGAACCAGUGGUCAGCCAGUCAGUUUGACGGCACCUACGUAGAUGCAAAAGAACACUCGAGUUCUUUUGCCGUCUAUAAGCAAACCGUGAAGCGAGGUUGGGUGAUCGAAAAACAGGAUCUUGCGACGCUUUUCGGCAAUGUUCAGACAAAGCUCCGGACAUACAGGUUGAAGGAAUAUAUACCGCCUCCGAACCUAUCUCUCUCUGAUAUUGACAAGGCGUGGAGUACGUUGUUGGCAUCAGAAGCGGGCAGGUCCCGCGCAAUAAACGCUCAGAUUCGACAGAUUAAAGAAACGCUUCGCAAGCAAUUCGCAGAUCUGGCAAACAAUUUCGAAAGUAGACUGCAUGAUAUUUCCGUUGAUCUCGCCCAGAUCGAGGGACCGCUGGAGGCCCAACAGCAAGAUGUCCAGAAAAUCCAAGAGCGUCUCGGCGAGUUAUCGCAAACCCUCGACGUUGUAGCGAAGGCCGAAGAAGAGUGCAACGCAGCGAAUGUCGAAGAGAACGAUUAUACAGUACUCACCCAUCAGGACCUAGUUUUUGAGGUUGAACUUGUCGUACAGUCUAUAGCUAAGAAGAUGGCGUUCAUUGAUAAUCAGAUCGUUUCCCGGAACAUGACAAACCUGACGCCUGCCCAACUAGAACAAUUCGAAAGCACGUUUCGGUACUUCGAUAGGGACGAAUCCAACACGCUCAGCCAACCUGAAAUGGGUGCAGCUCUUGCCAGCCUGAGCAUCGUGUAUUCUGAGGAAGAUAUGGAUUAUAUAUACGACCGACUAGUGGAAGAAUAUGGCGCUGUGACAUAUGAAGCCUUCAUCAAUUUUCUGGUUGACAUCACAGAAGAUCAAACCUCAUUGGAACAACUUCGUGAAUCAUUCCGUGGGAUCGCGUCCGAUAAGCCGUUUGUUACUGAGCUUGAUCUACGGCUGGCACAGCUACCCCCUGGAGCCAUUGACUACUUGCGCGAGGUCAUGCCAAAUACGACAACUGAAGGAGGCGAGCCCGAGUACGAUUAUGACCGUUGGCUGUACGAUGUGUUUGCAUAG